GAAGCCUGAGGCCCUCUUCAAGCGAAGAGGGCAGACCACCGUAAACAAGAACAAGAACACCAGAACAAGUACGAGUGCGGCUAGAGCGAAACGCCCUGAUCGGCCCCCAGUCCGCCCUCGCCGUUGGACUCGAGAAGCACACGGUGGUGUUGGAUGAGAGCCAGGGACAACUCCAACUAUGAGACGCUCAGGGGUGCAGGCGCAAGUCUAGUGGGGCGGAGGCUAUCAUCGUCGAUUUCAGCCCCAGCCAUCUCCAAAGCCUGAGCCCGAUCCCAAGUGGGAGUGGCGAGUACCCAGCCAAAGGCAGACGCACAGAAGGAUAGCUUCAAAGCGGGCCGGGACAUGCGCUUCAACUGAGUCGCACCCGUGAUCGGCCGUGGGCCUGUGAGUGGAGAACGAUGGCCCCGCCGCUCUGGAGGGGGUGGAAGUGGGCCAUGUGCUUGGCCGUGACGUUGGUCGGGUGGGAUGGAAGUGGACGAGGUGUACGGGGCGACCAGCACGUGUUGUUGGACACCACCAAAGAGGCUAUGCUAGACUGGACACGCUAUCCGUACGGUCAGAGCUCGGCCACCCCCGGGUGGGUCGAGGAGUCCUUUACCAACUUCGAGAAGGGCAUCAAUUGGCGGUCGUACGUGGUGUGCGACGUGGGCUACUCCAACGUCAAUAAUUGGCUGUGGACGCCCUUCAUCACCCGCCACGACGCCCAGCGCAUCUACAUCGAAGUCAAGUUCUCGCUCCGUAACUGUGACCUCUUCCCCGGCACCGCCCUUCAAUGCAAGGAGACCUUUAGUCUGCUCUACUACGAGUUCGACGCAGCUACCCGCCAGCCCCCGCCCUGGGAGCCGGAGAGCUACAAACAGAUCGAUGUGAUCGCCGCCGACGAGGGACGAUUCACCAACAGCAACGAGGUCAUCAUCAAUACCGAAACACGCUCCGUCGAAGUCCACAAGAAGGGCAUCUAUUUCGCCUUUCGCGACCAAGGCGCUUGUCUUUCGCUCUUGGCCGUCAAAGUGUACUACCUCAAGUGUCCGGAAGUCACGGUGGGCUUCGCCCACUACCCGGAAACGGCCACCGGAUCUCAGUUAAGCUCCAUUCAAAAGGUGCCGGGUCGCUGCGUGGACAAUGCCGUGGCUCGCCAAGUGCCGCAUAACCUAUGCAAGGCUGACGGAUCUUGGAACUUUCACAGCGGCUCGUGUGAGUGCAUGGCCGGGCAUGAACCCUUGGGCGAAGACGAAAAUCAGUGCACACCUUGUCGAAUCGGCUACUACAAACCACAACCGGGUCAAGCCCGAUGCGAGCUUUGUCCGGCCCAUAGUCGAUCGUUGUACGAAGCCUCGGUUGAAUGUCGUUGCAACGACGGUUUCUACCGGGCCUUGGACGACGGCAAGAAGCGCCCGUGUACCCGUCCUCCGCAAGCGCCUCAAGGGGCUACCUAUCACACGUUCUCCAAUGGUUCAGUGCAGCUGGAUUGGCAACCGCCCAUGGAUGAAGGGGCUCGCACCGACACCACCUACGAAGUUCGUUGCACCAAUUGCGGCGAAGGCGGGCGCACGCCCCCUUCCUUCCAACCUAAUCGCUUCCCAAUAGCUCAAACCAGCGUGUUAGUGUACGGACUUCAGCCCGGUCAGUCAUACACAUUCGCUAUUCGCGCUCUAAAUGGCGUGUCUGAUUUGACUAACACGAGUCUCAGCUCCGUAUCAAUCAACGUAGUCUUGGGCAAGAGCGGAAGUGAGUCCAUGGUGCAGAAUAUCCGAGUGCUGCGGCAAGAGCCCAAUAAACUGUUGUUGAGCUGGGAGGCCCCGCCCACAGCCAGUUCGCUCGACGACGAAGUCUAUGAAAUUCGAUAUUCACGGGCCGAUGGCAGUGACAAUGAAACUCUUUCCUUGAUCACCAAACGCGAUAAAGCCGAGAUCGGAGACUUGGUCGAUCGGGUUACCUACAAGUUCCAGAUCCGGGCUCAAACGGCCAAAGGCUGGGGUGAUUUUAGUCCGGCCAUGAGUAUCACCACUGAUGGUUUGUCAGGAGGUGCGAAUUCCAUUCUCGUUUCAGAGAAAUCCGAGACAUUCUCCAAGUCUGAGAUGACUGUGAUUAUUCUCAGUGUGAUCUUGAUCUUCACGAUCUUGCUUGUGGUUUCCAUCGGCUUCUGUCGUCGCCAACUGAAAGUGUCCGGGACCGGCAAGAAGGACUCUGACACGCUCAAAUACCACGGUGUCGACAAUGGGUUUGUAACCGAGUCGUUUCCAAUCGUGCAAACUCAACUGGCGUUAGAUUACAAUCCCUUUUCACACAAUAAAACCUACAUUGAUCCGCACACCUACGAAGAUCCGAAUAAGGCGGUGCAGCAAUUUGCCAAGGAGAUCGACUCCAAAUUCAUCACCAUUGAGGCCAUCAUUGGGGGUGGCGAGUUCGGAGAUGUGUGUCGAGGGCGCCUGAGCAUUCCCGAGCGAGCGGAUCUACUGGUGGCCAUCAAGACGCUCAAGCCAGGAGGGGCGGAAAAGGCCAAGAUGGACUUCUUGGCCGAGGCCAGCAUAAUGGGACAGUUUGAACAUCCCAAUGUCAUAUUUCUUCAGGGAGUGGUCACUAAAGCCAAUCCCAUUAUGAUCAUCACCGAGUACAUGGAGAAUGGCUCCUUGGACACGUUUUUGCGCGCCAACGACGGCAAGUUCCAGGUGAUGCAAUUGGUGGGAAUGAUGCGUGGGAUCGCAUACGGAAUGCAAUACCUCGCCGAAAUGAACUAUGUUCACCGAGAUCUUGCCGCUCGAAACGUGUUAGUCAAUUCUCAACUCGUGUGCAAGAUUGCAGACUUUGGCUUGAGCCGCGAAUUGGUGGAGGAUAACUUUGAUGGAGCGUACACCACCCGGGGUGGCAAGAUCCCUGUGCGCUGGACCGCCCCCGAGGCCAUCGCCUUUCGAAAAUUCACGUCCUCGUCGGACGUGUGGAGCUUCGGAAUCGUCAUGUGGGAAGUGAUGUCCUACGGAGAACGACCCUAUUGGACUUGGUCCAAUCAAGACGUGAUCAAGGCUAUCGAAAGGGGCUACCGAUUACCCGCGCCCAUGGAUUGUCCGGAAGCCAUACACCAACUGAUGUUGGACUCGUGGCAGAAAGACCGCUCUCAUCGGCCCAGUUUUAGCUCGAUUGUGAAGACACUGGACAAACUGAUCUGCUCGCCGGAAACGCUCACCAAAUUGUCUUCCUCAUCCACUUCACCUCUCAACAAUUACCAUGCUCUCACCGCGAAUCCUCGGACGUUCGCCAGUAUCGACGAGUGGCUGGAAUCUCUCAAGAUGACUCGAUAUUCUACCAAUUUUCAUAAUUUCAAUAUCACGGAUAUGUCUCAAGUAGCUCAACUCACCCUGCAAGAUAUUGUCAAUCUGGGCAUCACGUUAGUGGGCCACCAGAAGAAGAUUAUGAGCAGUAUUCAGUCUAUGCGUACAGGCAUUGAUGUAUCAGAAGGUUUUCUGGUGUGAAUUUAUUUAAGUACUUCACCAUGACGAUCAAUAGAUCAACCAAUAAAGGUAAACACUGUACACAAUUA